UCGCGGGUGCCUCAGAAGCGGCCCGCCGCGGCGCGGCCUACAGGUCCCGUGAUGCACCGCAGGCAGAGAGGGUUGAGGAGGAUUUGGAGGGAACUGUGGGAGUUGUAGUUUUCCUUUCACAGAGGACUUGGAAGCUUUCUCCCCUCGCACGCGCGCCCCGUUCGCUGCCUCAGAGGAGAGUGCGUAGUAAAGGGAGGUGGGGAGAGAGAGGAAAGGAGCCAUUAUCAGUGGGUUGUUUCUGAAGCGAAGGAGUUUCCCAUCAUGCUUAACUCACCUACUUUGGACUUCCAGCAGAAGCUGUGAACUUUAAAUGAGAACAAGUACCUUAAUUUUAUACAGCCCAGCUUCUCAGGAGAAUUGUUUCGUACUUCUUAUUUUGCCACCGGCGCUGGUUUUAGAGAGCUAUGUGAGAAAGCCUAAAAAAAUAUUUUGUUGUCUUCACAAGAGCAGCCCGAUGAACUCAAAGAAGCCCUUAGACUUUUCAAAGGCACUGGGAGACUCCAGAAAGCUGCAGAGACUUGGUCUCUUGUCCGGGCUGAGAGGAUUGAAAAGAAAACCUGGGAAGAAAAAAAGAAAAAAGAGAGAUGGGAUCGGAAGGAGAAAUGAUCAACCUUCAUCCAUCCAUUCCUGGCUCCAGGUUGGAAAACAUCAUCAACAUCAAUCAUUACGCCACCAAGAAAAGCGUGGCUGAGAGCAUGCUGGAUGUGGCGCUCUUCAUGGCCAACGCUGCGCAACUGAAGGCAGUGCUGGAACAGGGGACGUCCUUCCAAUAUUAUGCUGUCCUGACUGCUCUCAUCACCAUUUCUCUCUUCUUCCAAACUGUCAUUGGGAUUCUCCUGAUCAUUAUAGCUCGGAUGAACCUGAACGAUGUGACGAAGCAGCAGCGCCUGAAUUUGCUCAACAACAUCGCCACAAUCCUAGUCUUUAUCAUAGUCAUCAUCAACAUCUUCAUUACUGCUUUCGGUGUGCAGAAGACGGGUCUCUAUCCUAGCAUUUAUGGUGGUCGGAGAAUCUACUAAGCCUUGGAUGGGCUGGAGCACAUGGUAGAAGAUAGCUGGAAUGCCUUUCCGUAUAGCCUUAUAGAUCUCUGACUUGAUGAUCCAUUUAAGAUACACAACUGCCUGGGUGAACCCUAUUGCAAGUACACCAGUUGCUCCUUGUGGGCUACUUCUGCAACAUGUUUACAGCUCUGAAGAGGUGAAUAAAUUUUCAGCUGAUCUUGACAGCAGCCUCUCCUCAUCUCAACCCAUAAUGAUGUUUGUGUCCUGUAAUGGAGUAGUGGGGAAUUUCAGGUCGGAGAGCCAAAUGCAGCCCUCCAGGCCUUUCUCGGACUCUCCCCAGGUUAGAUUUCUUCCUCAACCAAACACUCCUCUCUUCCCCAGCUUACAUCACCCACUGGCCCUACUCUGCACCCUUUUUCAGUGAGUGUGAGUGUAAGUAAAAACUAGCCUACCAUACACAUGAAAAAAAGUUUGUUCUUCUUUGUCUCUGCCCCAGAAGGGACUGUAUGAAAAAUGUUCCCAACCCCUGGCUGUAAUGAGAUUCAUCUGCAAUUCGGAGGAUUGCAUUCAGCUAGAGCUUCCCAGCUCCCACCAGGAAAGGAGCAGCCCUCAGUGAUUCAACUUGAUGUACUCCAUCAAUGGCAGCAGCAGUCAACGUAAGCGACAGGGACAACAGUAUCAAAAUAAAACAUUGGAAGAGAAUUACAAAUGAGCACAAUUGAUAAGGGGCAGGUGCUAGGUCACUAGUUCAAAUUUUGUCCAAGAGGACACUAAGUUGUCAGAUGAAGACAGAUUUGCAAAGCAGGAGAAAAACAUGAUUUAAGGCUGCAAUCCUAACCACAACUGCUAAGAAGUCCUGCUGAAUUCAGUGGGGCUUGCUGCCAGGGGAGUGGAGUUAGCAUUGCAGACCAAGCCAUAUUGUAUGAGCACACAGCAUCGCCCAGAGAAGAGGCUGCCCACUGUGUUUCUUUUUGAUUCACUGCUCUUGCUUGGCAUCCACCUGAGCAGUGAAUUAGUGUGGGAUGCAUGUCUCCGGAUGAGACUUUGUUUCUGUGUUGUGUAAUGGGAUCAACUGCUCUCAAUGAUGGGAUGCAACAAAAUGACCAGCCCCAAAUAGUGACUCACACAGGAGCACAAGUUGUUGGCUCCUCUGAGGGUGGACAGUUAUUACCCUAAAAGUAAGAAUGAGAAGUGUACCUCCAGUUUUAGAUCAGAGAAGAGUCUGCCCCAGCUACUAAAACAUUGAGAAAUGCAAUUAUUAAAUGAAAAGCAUUAUGUUACCCUGAUCCAGUGAUCGGUGGUGGUGCAGAGGCUCUGAUGCAACUAGCUGAAAC